UAGACAACGCUGCAAGUGCGCUCCACGUUGCAACUAUGUUUCCAAAAAUUCGGGGAGACCGCAGUGAACCGCGAAAGAAGACGGUUGAGGUCUCCAGUUUGAGAAAAAAUUAUAGAUAUAUUUGUAAUCUCCAAGAGGACGGUGUUGGUGCUCUAGAGGAGCUAAGGCCCACCGUCGGAGAAGAAGUUGCUGAUCUGGAAGCAGUUGUUAGAGUUCUUCCUCUCUAUAAAAGGAAGUGGCGCCCUGAACCUUCCCACGUCACGGACUCACGCCCUAGCCGGCUGAAGAUUGCUAGUGCAGUGUACUCGAUCGAGGCCGUACAGGGUGGCGUGGCGAAACUACCCUGCGACAUCGCCCCUUCGUUACCCGGGGACAAGAUGAGUAUAGUGAUAUGGUACAAGGAUGGCACGGCCCGUAAAUCACCCAUAUACUCGUUCGAUGCCCGCGACAAGAAACCAGAGGAAGGUAAGCACUGGGCUGACGAAGCGGUGUUAGGUGGAAGAGCCUUUUUCCGAUACCAGGAGGAACUUGCCAAAUUGACAUUAGAUAACGUCAAAGACUCCGAUGGAGGAGUCUAUAAUUGUCGCGUCGACUUCAAGCAAACUCCAACAAGGAAUGUUAAAGUCAAUUUAACAGUUAUAA